AGUAAGUCUUUUGCUUCACAAUUCACUCAACCUCUUAUCACAAGUAACACUACUAAGUCUUCUCCGUCUUGUGUGGGAAAUGCCAUUUCGCAUUUCGAGUACAUAGAGUGUAGCAUUACAUUGAUCGAAAAGCGAAUGGCGGUGAUGUAUGAUUCGAUACUAGCCCGAAGCUUUAGUAAGCACGAGCAGAAGAAAUUGAGAUAUGGAGCAUUCGUUUGCUGCUUGCUCAUAGCACUGUGCUUCUGCACUCUGCUGAAACCUAAUUUGAAUCCUCUACCAGCUUUGAAGUUGGAGAGAUCAAUUGGUGUCAAACAAAAGAUAUGGGCACUCUGGGAAACAAACAGCACUCAGCAAGCAAUAAAAAAUGUGCUAGAAUUUCCAGUGAUAAAAACCGAGGAGUUCGAAAAUUUGAGUGAUCAAGUGUUAGCAGAUUCUGCUGAUUUGCAGCAAAAUGCAAGCACUCUCACUAGUCCCAUUGAAAGCAGCGUGCCGGUUGAUGAGGAGACUAAGAUUGUGGAAGUUGUAGAGGAGAAUUUGGAGCCACUUUGCAAGACUGAGGAACCAAGAACUGAAUACUGCGAGAUCAAUAACAGGGAUGUUCGCGUAGAUGCGAGCUCUUCCUCAGUUUUUGUUGCUUCAUCUUCUCAAAUUUGGAACAGGUCCUGGACUAUAAGACCUUAUGCUCGAAAAGAGGACAAAACUGCGUUGGGCAAUACUCGAGCAUGGUCAGUGAAACCAGUACAAACUGGUGCUCAGCUCAAAAUCCCUCAGUGUACUCGAGAUCAUAGCGUUCCAGCCAUCUUGUUUUCUACUGGAGGAUACGUAGGAAACCAUUUCCAUGAGUUCACUGAUGUGGUGAUUCCACUGUUUAUUACUUCUCGAAAAUAUGAUGGAGAAGUUCAAUUUCUUGUUUCGGAUAUGAAACCAUGGUGGAUUGCGAAGUACCAAGCAGUACUAAAAGGACUGUCCAAGUACGAGAUUAUCGACAUUGACAAAGAAGAGGCAGUGCAUUGCUUCCCAAGCGUAACCGUUGGCCUUAAACGACACGAAAAGGAGCUGAGCAUUGAUCCUUCAAAGCAUUCAUAUUCCAUGAAAGACUUCAGAGAGUUUCUAAGAAACCGUUACUCAUUGAAAAGAGCCAGUGCAAUCAGAAUCAGAGAAAAUCGUCAGCGAAAAAGGCCCCGGCUUCUGAUCAUCCCGAGAAAGAGAACAAGGUCUUUCACGAACACAGGGGAAAUUACGAAAAUGGCUAGACGCUUGGGGUUCAAGGUAAUCGUCGCAGAAGCUGACAUGAACUUGUCUAAAUUUGCAGAAGUUGUCAACUCUUGUGAUGUGUUAGUGGGAGUUCAUGGAGCUGGCCUCACAAACCUUGUCUUCCUUCCAGAAAAUGCAAUUUUGAUUCAAAUACUUCCAGUCGGACGGUUUCAAUGGCUCGCAACCAACUACUUCGGCAAGCCUUCGGAGGGUAUGAAUCUCAAGUAUUUGGAGUAUGAAAUAAGCAACGAGGAGAGCACGUUGACACAGCAGUACCCGCUUGAUCACCCGGUUUUCACCGAUCCUUCAUCGAUCGGAAAACAGGGUUGGCUAGCGUUCUAUUCACUCUAUCUGCAAAAACAAAACGUACAUCUUAAUGUCCAAAGAUUUAGACCUACAUUGUUAAAAGCUCUUGAGCUUCUGCAUCAGUAGAGAGACGUCAUUGUUUGAUUUCUGGAGGAAACAAGGUCCUCUUGAAUAUUUAUUUCGUUUUGUUUUCGUUUCGUGUACUUUUCGUAUCAAAGAAUUCGAUUUCAUUGAUUCAUAAUCUGCUCUUGUAAUUAUUUGUUCAGAAAUAUUGGAAAUUCGGGAAAGAUUUGCGAA